AUGUCAGAUCAUGAAGUAUAUGAUAAUAUUGAUGCCGGAGCAUCACAAACAUAUCCUGUUCAGGCAGGUGCAAUAAAAAAGAAUGGUCAUGUGAUGUUAAAAGAGCAUCCUUGUAAAGUGGUAGAUUAUUCGACAUCUAAAACAGGAAAGCAUGGUCAUGCAAAGGCACACAUUGUAGGUAUAGAUAUAUUUACAGGAAGAAAAUAUGAAGAUAUAUGUCCAACAUCUCAUAAUAUGGAUGUACCAGUUGUUAAAAGAACAGAAUUACAAUUAAUUGAUAUAACAGAAGAUGGAUUUGUUUCACUUUUAUAUGAUAAUGGAGAUACUAAAGAUGAUUUAAGCUUACCAAAAGAUACUGAAGGAAAUUUAGAUGAAGUUGCUAAACAAAUUCGUAAUUUAUUUGACAAUGGUAAAUCUGUUUUAGUUAGUGUUCUCUCUGCAUGUGGACAAGAAAAAAUUAUUGCAGCAAAGGAGUUAUCAUCAUAA